CGUCCCUCCAUCGCGGCUCCAUCUCGUAACGUACAGCGUACAGCCUGUGGCAGCCUAUGGUCGCGGAUGUGGUUGCGUCCCGCUCGCGGUGCGAUAUUUCGUUUCUGUUUUCGCUAUCUCGUGCCGAAAGCCGAAAGGACGUCUCGAGAGUCGAGAGUCGAGACUCUCGAGUGAUUCUCCGGGUUUCGUGUUGUACGAGGCACGGUGAAAUUCUAUCGUUUACGCUUUCCGUCGACGGGCACGCACCGCCAGGAGAAUGCCGAAGAGGAAGCAUCAGGCCCUCAUAGAUUCCGACAGUAGCGGGAGCGCGUCGGAAAGCGGCUCGGAUCUCGACAAUGAUCUGUUGUCACUGGCAAAGAAAAAGAAAGGAAAGUCUCAAGAUGAUUCGCAAUCAAACGAGGAUAAUGGAUCCAUUAAGAAGGAUAUCAAACACGAGUCGGACAUGUCAGAUUCCGAUGAUAAUUGGAAUAAUAAAGCUGGGAAAACAAAGAAGAAAAAAGCACCGGGAAAGAGAAGCAAGCGAAAGAUGACAAAGUCCAGCUCUGAGGACAGUGCCAGUGAAAAGGAACCUUCUAAACAACUUUCCGAACCAGAAGAAGGUGAGGUAUCAGAUUCAGAUCCAAGUGGUUCUAGCUCUAGCCAAGAAGAAUUUAAUGAUGGCUACGAUGAUAAACUUAUGGGAGAUGCAGAAGAUCAAGCUAGACUUGCUCAAAUGACUGAAAAAGAACGCGAGCAGGAAAUUUUUAAACGAAUUGAACAACGUGAAAUUAUGAAGACAAGAUUUGAAAUUGAAAAAAAGCUAAGAAUGGCCAAGAAACAAGAAUUGAAAAAACAAAAGGAAUCAAAGAAGAAAGAGAAGGGUAUUGAAGAGAAACAGAAAAUAGAUCGGGCACCAGAUCCUAAAGAGAGAAGUAAAGAUCGCAAAAAGACAAUAGAAGAAAAACAGGAUAAGAAAUUUCAUGCGAUGUCAUUGCUCAAAGCUAGACGUGAAGAGAAGAAAGAACGAGAGGAAAAGGAGAAACAGAGGAUAGAACAGCAGCAGCAACAAUCGAAGGAUAUGGAGGAAGAAGAAUUGGAAGAUGAUCACAAAGGUGGCGCAAACAAGACGAAACUUAAGGCAUCUGACAUAUAUUCUGAUGACAGUGGCUCAUCGGACAGCGGAGAAGAAGAAGAAGUCGCCAAAUCAGCAUCUCAACGCAGAUCGUCCUCCAGUGAUAGUCGUGAUUCGGAUUCGGACAACGAUAAGAAAUCAAUUACUAGCAACAAAGCUAGACCCAAGAAGCCAGUGUAUAUUGGUACUAAGGAGGAUUUAAAUAAAAUUCGACUGUCUCGUCACAAGAUGGAGAGAUUCGUUCACUUACCGUUCUUUGACAGAGUGGUGCGAGGUUGCUUUGUCAGAAUAGGAAUCGGCAACAAUAACGGUAAACCUGUCUACAGAGUAGCUGAAAUAAGCGGAGUAUGCGAGACAGGGAAGAUUUAUCAGCUUGGCGGUACGAGGACGAAUAAGGGUUUGAAAUUGCGUCAUGGUGCGCAGGAACGCGUAUUCAGAUUGGAAUUCGUCUCGAAUCAGGAAUUCACCGAUUCCGAAUUCUUCAAGUGGAAAGAAACUUGUGCACUACAAGGAAUAUCAACGCCUACGUUCGAUGAAGUGGAACAAAAAUUGAAAGAUAUUAAGGAAGCAAUGGUAUACGAAUUCAAAGAGGAAGACAUAGAAAAGAUAGUACGCGAAAAAGAGAGAUUUAAACAGACUCCCUACAACUACGCGAUGAAAAAAGCGCAGCUGAUGAGAGAACGUGAUGCGGCUAAUUGCAGGGGAGAUGACGAAACGGCUAGUAGGCUUAAUCAAGAAUUAAGUGAAUUGGAAGAGCGCGCAUCGGAACUAGAUAAAAUGCGUACAGCAACAAUUUCUAGUAUAUCGUACAUAAAUGAUCGCAACAGAAAGAAAAAUGUGGAGGAAGCUGAGAAAGCUAUAAUGGAAGAGCUGAAGGCUAAUAAGGGUAAGAAGGUCGAUGAUCCAUUCACCAGGCGAAGUACUAAACCGAGGAUGGUGUACAAACCAGAAGAUGAGUCCGAAGUAGUAGCGACAGUUCCAGUGAAUGAUAAAUCGAAUUCUCAUCCUGCUGGAGAUUCAAUGUCUGCUGCUGAUAAAGAGAAUGGACAGGAAUCUAAGAAGAAGCAAAGUACAGAAGACCUAUUCAAUGCUCAUGACUUUGAUAUAACAAUUGAUUUGGAAGUUCCUAUUCCAAACAAUCCUGUUAGCGUUUUACCGAAGCCCAUUAAUAACAUCAAGGAUACAGGACCUCGUCGAUCGUUAAAUUUAGAAGAUUAUAAAAAGAAACGCGGUCUUAUCUAACAGUUUAUACAUCUUAAAUAUCGUAAAGAUAUAAUAAGGCUAAGUUGUCGAGGUUGUCUUGUAGUAAUUAAAGAUAUCGCCUCACCUAUCGAAUGCUCCGUUUAAUUCGACAAGAACAGGUAUACAUUCUUGUAAUUAUUGACUGACAGUCUAGGUUAUUUAACAACAAUGUUACGACUAAUGGCGAAACCAUCUGUUUAAUACGUUGAACAUGGUGGUAGCUUGCUAAUUCUAUACGAAAGAUAAUAAUAGCUAGUACUGUAUUACAGUUACGUAAUAAAUAAAGGAACGAAAUAAAUUAUACGAUACCUGAUGACUUUUAGAAUUUUAUAACAUGACAUUUGAUUAAUGGUUAUAUUCACUUAUGGAUAUACGAUAAUUUAUGUGAGAUAUAUCAAGAUUAUUGCUGUGAAUUAUGCUGCUAUUCUUUAUCCAUUACUAUCACCAACAUUCAUCAUGACAUUCAACGUAUUACAGAUGGCUUUAACUAUAAAGGUUCCAGCAAAUAGGUUCCUAUUAUGUAUUCCAAAUAGCGACAUUGCCAUUGUCAAACGCAAAAUUAUAAUUACACAUGUAAUGAUUGAGUACGUAGAACGAUUAUUUGAUAAUAAGAGUACUUAUGAUCUAAAAUUAGGUACUAUAAAAAGAAUAUAAUCUUAUGUUUUAUUAUACAUUUUCCGUACACAUCGUAUACAUGGGACAACCAUAUAUCACAUACUUAAAUAAGAAAGAAAGAAAAAAGAAGAGAAGAAAUACGUUUAUAUUGAAUGAUGAAGUUAUUUGCCAAAUUCUUACAAAUAGAAAACAAACAAAUAAAAAUAUCGUUUGUCUAUGAGCAUUAACUCUGAUUCCAUAGGAUUUUGUGUUAUAUAUUAUAGAAUAAAAAUCUUACUAAGCCAUUUUAACGAAAAAUGGAAUACAUAAUUAACAUGAAUAACAAUAUUAUAUUGAUAUCAAUCAGGUAUACUUAAAUCUUUAAAUUGCACGUAUUACAUUAUACUGUUGAUGUAUUGUAUGUUGAUGUGCAGUUUAUUGUCAUUUUAAAAUGUCUCAAAUUAUUGUCUAUAUAAUUUUAUUAUGGUCUAUCGAAGAAAAGCAAAACUAUGUAAAUAUUUCAACGCGUUGAAAUUAUAAUUUUUAUUGUUUGAAAUUCUAGAUAUUAAAUAAUGCAUUAAUGCAAAAAUGCAAGAAAUAUUUUUAGCCGUAUCAAUAUUCUCUUUAAAAAAAUUAAGAAGCCAACUAAAAAUAGGUAAUAUAUUGUCUAUUUCUUACUUUUUUUUUAUUAUUUUAAUGUCGCCCCAGAGAAAUUGUGUCAAAUGUACGAAAAAUGUAUUUUAUAGUUGUAUUUAUGAUUAUGACAUGUAGAAAAUAUGUACAAAACGAAUGUGGCAUCAUAUUAAUAUUAUGAUUGUAACAAAGCACCUUUAUUAUGUCUCUACAUUUCUUUUAUUGAAAUUGUACAUAUGUGUAUUUAGGGUGUGUUAUAUUAUAAGCGGACAAGAAACAGACAAGAAACUUUAGGAUCUUCUAAUCAUUUAACGAGCCAUUAUUUUUUCUGACCUAGAAAAUGUCUUUAAGAAAUAAUUGUGUAGUCGUCACUAAAUAUUGUAAACUGUAGAAAGCAGUCCUUAUAUUGUGUAAUAUAUCGUUUGUAUGAAACGUACGAAGGAUUAGCACAUCGAAUGCUGAAAUAAUGGACGCGUAAUAAUAUUUAUAUUUAUAAUACUCGGAACCAGGAAUGGAUAAGAUUAUAAAUUAUAAGCUUGUAUAUGUAUGUAUAUAUAUACAUACAUAACAAUUUUAUAUAUACAUGUAUAUAAUUUGCUAGUAAUAUUCAAUUCCACACGCAUGCACGAUGCGCCAUGUUUGUAAUAUAUUAACAGUUUUUAUCUUUGUAAUAUGUGCGUUUUUUUAUUAAUGUAAUUUUUUCGCGGAAAAACAAUUAUAAGUUUCCACUACGGGCAAUUGUGUUAUUUAUUGGAAAUUUUUUAGUGUAUUGUCUACCGAAGAUACAUCUCGAUCUUUUUGUAACAAACAUAAUGCCACUCAUAUGUACAAAGAUAAUUAUAUUAUAAACUAUACAGCUAACAGUAUUUAAAAUAUAUACACAUGUGUAUAUGUGGGUGCGUGUGUGAAUGUGUUUAAGCUACUAUUAGAACGUAUUUCAUAUUUAUUCAAUCGGAUCUUAUAUUUUUUGGAUUUACUAAGUGCAUUAUUGUAUUCGUCAAAAAAAUUAUGUAUUUUGUUACGGUAUUUUUCGCAUAUAAUUUCUGUAUCGAG